AUGCUUUCAUAUGUUCAUAGAUUUAUAUGUAUUAUUCAUUUUUAUGUAAUGGAAGAAUUUAAAAGUUAUGAUCAAUAUAUAAUUGAUCAAAAGCCUGAAGAGCAACAUAAGCACAAGGCCUAUAUAGAUGAAACUAAUGACAGUAAAGGCGAAAUUGAAGAAGAAACUCUUAAUUUGAUUGAUUCAAUUAUCGAAGAUAUGGAAAAUAUUCAAAAUACUAGCAUAAAAUUGAUAUUUUCUAACUUAAAAGCUAUAUUAGAAGAGAAUGACCAAUAUAAUAUUGCUUCAAUUCUUCAAGAAAAAGAAAUUUUGAGUUUAAUUAUUAAUAUUAUACAUAGUUCACAUCUGACCAUCGAAGAUAACAAGUAUUUAAUAGAAUUUUUCAAUGUUAUUUUGAACAAUUGCAAAGAAAGAUCUUAUGAUUAUUGGAUUUCCCAAGAUUAUGUUGUAUAUUUGAUGAAUUGCGCUCAUGAAGGACUUCUUAGCCAAUAUGUAUAUAAUUAUGGCUUGACUCCUUGUUUGGCAAUGAAUGAAACUGUAUUUCAUCUUUUAAUACAAGAGCAUUGGAUUGAUUUCAUGUGUGAGAGUUACAGUUCACUCCUUAAAGAGAUAUCAACUGAAAUUGACGAAGCUGAAGAAAUUAAUAUAUUUUUCGCAAGAGAAUCAAUCAAAUCAACAAUUACGAUAGGGUAUAUUAUGGUCGGAAAAUAUUAUUCAUUUAUAUCUGAAGAAGAUCUUUCCAAACUAAUUGAUAUUUUUAUUCAUUCUUUUGCAUUUGAUUUUUGUAGAAAUCAUUCUAUUUAUGCAUUGUUCUUACUAGUUAAGAUAAUACCUAAUCAUGAAACUGGUUUUCUAAGUAGCGAUGAUAUUCAGCAAAUUUUAUUAAAUAUUUCAUUGGAUAGUAACCAAGCAAUAGCUGGAUACUCACUUUAUAUCAUUAGGAAAAUGCUCUUAAAUAAUCAAUUCUCUCUAAUUUCUGAAUUAAUUCAAAAUAUUGAUACAAUUCUUGAAAACUUCUGUUGGGUGGAAUUAACAAAACCAGCUAAAUAUAUCCUCAAAAUAAUGCAAAUUCUUGUUCAAGAUCCAGAAUUGCGAGAUGUUUUUUUAACUCAGAAUAGAUUUCUUUUCUUUGAUAGUAUUAUUAAUGAUAUGGAAUUCAAUUUGAAGCAGAUACUUCUUAACUGCAUAAUGACAGCGAUGUCGUGUUCAACACAAUCUUUCAUUGAAUCUUUGAUUAAUUCUCAUAAUUUGAUUGAAGAAAUCCUAUCUUUGACUGAAGAAAUCGAUCCUGAAUCGAAAAAUGCAUCAAUUCUCAUUGAUUCAUUAUAUUCAAUCAUUCUAUUUUUGGUGAAUUCAGGCUGGAGUUGUAUAACUUUGGAAGAAGUUCAAAAUUUGAUAUCAUUAGAUUUUAUAAUAGAUUAUUUAGAGAUUGAUUCACAAAAUAAGACAAAAGCAAAGUAUAUUGUUCAAGUUUUAGAGUCAAAUAAUUAA